UUUACUGCAAAACCUUCUUCUCCACUAGUCUUAAUAGGUGUGCCGAAUCUGCUUGCACUGUCAGGCGUUUCAGGCCAUUUUCUAGGAGAUGUUUGGUAGGAUUAGAUGAAAACAAGAAUAUAAAUGGGUCAAAUGUUCAAAAAUAGCCUGUAGCCAAUCUCCGUGUCCGCCUAUCUAUCUAUUCUUUUUUACCAUCUGUUCAAUGGAUUUGUUUAUUUAUUUAGCUUGUCUCUUACUGUAAAUCUCAGUUGGUUGUUGUUUUUGGUAUUAAUAUUCAAUGGCCACAGCAGCCCACAUGUUCUGGAAUUAUGAAACUAGCAGUUUUAUAUGAAGCUUAAAGAGAGAUUGGAGAUGGAGAGUUUUAUGCCAGGAGAAACAAUGAUCAGAAAGGGAAUUCCAUUAAAGAAGUGGAGGAAAAGGAAGCAGGCCUUUCAUGGUAUUCUAAUGGGUACUCAUUCUUCAGAAUGUCUUGACUCUGAGCUUGCUGUGCAAGUCUCCGAGCUAGACCACAUGUUCAACUUGGCUCAUCUUCUUUCAGAUACAGAUCAAUAUCAUGAUUUUCAAGGCAGUUUAAUGACAAGAGGUCAUUUAGAAUGUUGCUGCAAAAGAUUAGUGAAAAAGGAUGGUUCAAUUUCACAAUCAAGUGCUGCUCAGAAGGUUCUGAGGAGAGUGAAGAAGCAUCGUGCAGCCAUGGCAGUAGCUGUGGAAACAAACCUGGAGAACUCUUCGUGGAAACAGCUUUCGCUGUCUAGAUGUGUUGCUGGUCAAUUGCCAGAAAUGAUCAUGCUUCAGUCAGUCCAUGAUGGGAAGAUCGUCCUUACAAGGAGUUUGCUUAGCCAGAUUGGAGGCUUCAAGUUGAAUUCGGGGCCUAAUUUUGAUCUUGAUGAAAACCAUACUAGUUCAAGAGAAGGGGGAGACCCUGCCUUCAGUGAAAUCAAAUCCUGUGAAAUUCAUAGCUCUGAAGAAUUUUCAAGAAAUGAUAGUGCUAGCUUAAAAGAUGGAAAUGGAUGCAAGGAGAAAGUUCCUCUGAAAUCGAUUUCUGUAAUCAGAAGAGAGCUGCCAGAAUCAACUCUUGGUUGGCCCCUUCUUCCAAGAACUAAAGAAGCAUUGAGAAGAUCAAAAGCAAGAAGCAUGUCCCUGAUAGAAUGGGUCAUGAAUCUACCUACUCGAUCCUUUGAAAUGAUAAUGGAAAACCAAAAUGAUUCACAUUCUGUUGAAGCCAACAUAUACUUGGAUGGGAAAACAGAAGAUUCCAAAGUAAAUAAUGAGGGAACUAGUGUCCAAGUGGUUAGUUCCUCUGAAAAUAGAUCAGUUGAUGGAAGCAGCAUUAGAGAAGAUGAGCAGUCUGGUCUUACGCAGGAAAUCCCUUCGAGUUCAUUUUCUGAAUUUACAGGAGAAUCGACACAGUUUACACUUGGUUGGCCACUCCUUCGCAUAAAGACUUCUACAACUAUAGACUCUUUGGCAGAAUCUGAGAUGAGUAUACCUAAUCAAUCAACACAAGCUACCCCUAAAUCCCAAAUUAAUUUGCCUUUCAAAGAAGUGGAAGGUUUAGCAAGACAAAGAGUGCUGCCAAUGAAGCAGGAGCUUGUCCUCAGACUGAAUUCAUCUGGCUGCAAGCAGUUCAGCUAUGAGGAGCUUGAGAGAGUAACUCAUAAAUUUUCCUCAGAAAACUUGAUUGGAGAAGGAGGAUGCAGCAAUGUAUAUAAAGGAAGCCUUCGUAGAGGCAAGCUAGUGGCGGUAAAGAUUCUAAAACAGUACAAGGAAGCUUGGAAUGACUUCUCCUUGGAAGUAGACAUUAUGUCUUCAUUAAAGCACAAGCACAUUAUACAUCUGAUAGGUGUAUGCAUUGAAGAUGAUCAUCUAAUUUUGGUAUAUGAUUUCCUGUCCAAAGGAAGCUUAGAGAAAAGAUUAAAAGGUUACAAUGAGAAGUCUAUAUUGCCCUGGAAAGUGAGGUUCAAAGUGGCCAUUGCAGUUGCUGAGGCUCUAAAUUACCUGCACAAUGGAUGUUCUCGCUCAAUUAUUCACAGAGAUGUGAAGUCCUCUAACAUUCUCCUCUCUGAUGAUUUUCAGCCACAGUUAUCGGAUUUCGGGCUUGCGACAUGGGGACCUGAAGAUACAGCCUACAUGACAAGCAGUGACAUUGUUGGAACUUUUGGGUAUAUAGCUCCAGAAUAUUUUAUGCAUGGAAGGGUCAGUGACAAAAUUGAUAUAUACUCUUUCGGAAUAGUUCUCCUAGAAUUGUUAACAGGAAAGAAGCCAAUUAGUUCAGAAGGUAUAAAAGGACAGGAAAGCUUGGUGAUGUGGGCAAUGCCAUUACUAGAGAGUGGGAAAGUUGAAGCAUUAGUGGAUCCGAUGUUGGAUGGGGAAUUUGACACUGUUCAAAUGCACAGAAUGGUUCUUGCAGCAACCCUUUGUAUCAAACAGUCGCCCAGAUUACGUCCAAAAGCAAGCCAGAUAUUAAACCUGUUAAGGGAGGAGAAAGAAGUUCGAGAAUGGAUGAAUGACUAUGUUAAUGAUCUACAGAAGUCAAGUCAUGAGGAAUUGGAUGACUUUUUCCCAGAAUUUAAUCAUAAGCCAAGGUCAGAUCCUUCAUUUCUGGAAUUGGAUGAUGAUGCUUCAUCACUAAGAAGUGCAGAACAAAGGCACCAUUUUAGGUUGAAGGACUACUUUAAAGAACAGCAGGAUUAAUCACCAUUAAGCUUUUUGUUUAAAUAUUGCUGCAUUUCUUUCUUCCUGCUCACCAAAACCUUGGCAUUUUAGGUGGCUAGAGGGAAGCCAGUUCAAUGGGGCUUGAAACCAACAACUGAACAAGAAGAAUUUUGAUUGUACAUAGCAAUCCUUGGUUAGAGAAUUACAAAAAAAAAAAAAAAAAGAAAAAAAAAAACAACUUAAGAAAUGUGUAAAGCUGGAAUCUGCUCUACCUUUUUACAUUGUUUGAGCCUCUGCUUCAACAAUUGGUAGGCAUUCUCAGCAGAUGCAUAAAUGAUUACCUAGAGUGCUUCACAAUGGAGAAUGUAGAGAUCGAAGACAUGUAAAGCUUAAAUCACGCAGAGUCAAUUUGUUUACAUCCCCCAAUUUCUUUGUUUUUGGCUACAUCAACACCUUUUUUGUUUUUUUUUCAAACUGAGUGACAGUUCCUUACAGGUUUUGUGAAGAUUUUCCACAUAAUUAUCAUAGAAAGAUUUUUUUUUUCUUUUUUUUUUUAUUAGCUAUAACGAUAAGAUUUUCAUCAUAAAAAAGGGAAUGAAUAUUAUUGUUCUUUA